AUGUCCCGGGCCCCAGAGUGGAAGAGGGCAGAACCUAAUCCUAGAAAUCAUGGGGCCAACUGGGAUGGCAGAGGUGGCAGAGGCAGCGGCAGGAGUGGCCCCUCCAGCCACCUUGGGCCUAGGGCGGCAGGCUCCCAUGAACCACCACUCUGCUUUACAGUGAAAAAAAACAUGGUUGGUGCAAUAAUUGGUCGUGGUGGGUCAAAAAUAAAUGACCUAAAACGUUUGACAAACACUAAAAUACAAAUCAUAAACGGGGAUUCUGAAGCGGAGGUAAAAAUUUUUGGCAGCAUGGACAUGAAACUAAAGGCUAAAGCAGCUAUAGAAACUCUUAUUAAAAAACAAGAAAGCUGCAAGCUAGAAUCCAAUGUUGAUAAUGCAGCAUCCCAACCCCCUGUUGUAAGAGAUUUAAGCACAGCUGACAUUGCUAGAGCACAUCGGCCAUCGCUAGAUUGGGAUCAAAUCAAGGUAGCCGGUGCGGAGCGGGAAAAAAGAAAAUGGGCUGAUUUACCACCAAUUAAGAAAAACUUUUACAUAGAAUCCAAAGCGACAAGCUCCAUGUCUAAAGCGCAGGUAGAAAAUUGGAGAAAGGAAAAUUUCAACAUAAUGUGUGAUGACUUGAAAGAUGGUGAAAAACGUCGUAUCCCCAAUCCAACUUGUAACUUCGAAGACGCUUUCCGGGACUACCCGGAGCUUAUGAAAAACAUAACGGAGGCAGGUUUUAAAAAUCCAACACCAAUUCAGUCUCAGGCGUGGCCAAUUGUUCUACAAGGAAUAGAUCUUAUAGGAAUCGCCCAAACCGGAACAGGCAAAACAUUGUCCUAUUUAAUGCCUGGCUUUAUUCAUCUUGACUCUCAACCAAUAUCUACAGAGGAAAGAAAUGGACCUGGGAUGCUGGUCCUUACACCUACUAGGGAAUUAGCUCUUCAGGUGGAAGCUGAAUGUUCUAAGUAUUCAUAUAAAGGUCUUAAAAGUGUUUGCAUUUAUGGUGGCAGAAAAAGAGAGAGACAAAUACAGGACAUUGCCAAAGGUGUAGAUAUCAUUAUUGCAACUCCUGGGAGACUGAACGAUCUGCAAAUGAAUAACCUUGUCAACCUAAGAAGCAUAACAUUCUUGGUCUUGGAUGAGGCAGAUAAAAUGCUGGAUCUGGGAUUUGAACCCCAGAUAAUGAAGAUUUUAUUAGAUGUGCGCCCAGACCGGCAAACUGUUAUGACAAGUGCAACUUGGCCAGCUGCCGUUCGUCGACUUGCACAUUCUUAUUUGAAAGAGCCUAUGAUUGUUUAUGUUGGUACUCUAGAUCUAGUUGCUGUAAACACAGUGAAGCAAAAUAUAAUUGUUACCACAGAAACAGAAAAACGAGCUCUUAUGCAAGAAUUCCUGGACAGCAUGUCACCCAACGACAAAGUCAUCGUGUUUGUCAGCCGAAAACUUAUUGCUGAUGACUUAUCAAGUGAUUUAGGUAUCCGAGGCAUUCCUGUACAAUCACUGCAUGGUGACAGAGAACAAAUUGAUCGAGAGCAAGCACUAGAAGACUUUAAAAGUGGAAAAGUAAAAAUAUUGAUAGCGACUGAUUUAGCCUCCCGAGGUCUUGAUGUUAAUGAUAUCACACACGUAUACAAUUAUAAUUUCCCACGAAAUAUUGAAGAAUAUGUACACAGAAUAGGGCGUACUGGAAGAGCAGGAAAGACUGGCACAUCGAUUACCCUUAUCACUCAAGAUGAUUCGAAGAUUGCCAAUGAAUUGAUUAAAAUUCUGGAAAGAGCAAAUCAGAGUGUUCCAGAAGAUCUUGUGAAAAUGGCUGAGCAAUAUAAAUUACAUCAACAAAAAAGGGGUGCAGGAAGAUCAAGAAAAUACGGAGAAAAACCCAAGGAGUUUUAUUAA